AUGGCUCCUCUUCUCUGGAUAACAACUGCCUUGGUUCGGUGGUUUCGCUUGAAGGUCUAUCAAUAUGAGGUGACUUUCGCCAUAUAUAUGCUCACCCCUACCGAAAAAUUCAUCUUUAACUCACUACUCCUUACCCUCAUCACUAUGAUCAUCACCGGCGUCUACGUCUACCUUCCCGACCAUAUCAGAUCCAUCUACGGCCAUCUCUAUUACUACUGGGCGGGUGAACGCCCGUUCAUCUCUACGGGCCUACCUUCCAUCAGCGCGGUAUUCCGCGAUAAUAGCACCAAGACCCUGGAGAUGGUAUAUGACACGGUCAAAGAUGCCGCCGCAACAGCCACAGCUCCAAUCGCUGAAUUGUGA